GAUUUGAUCCACCACAAUGUUUCAGAUAACUGUUUUCCUAAGCACUUGUCUUUCUUUGGUAGCGAUGGCAUGGUGCAAUUGUCCUUGCAAGAAGAACAUCGAAUAUUACAACAUCUGUAUGAAGUCAGCCCAAAACAGCAACAACGCAUGUGGACUCCACCUAGCCGAAUAUGAUGCAUGUAUAAAGAAGAAAUUUACGCAUUUAGAGUCUAAAGUUGAAUCCAUUGAGAGCUCUCUAAACAGAACAUCUCAUCAUGUCUCAUUUAUGGCGACUGCUUCACGCAAUAUAAGACCCACCAUUGGAACUCUCAUUUUUGACAAAGUUCUCACCAAUAAGGGAGGAGCCUAUAACGGCAAGACUGGUGUCUUUACCGCCCCCGUAUCCGGAUCAUACUUCUUCAUGGUCACCAUGAGUAUACCAACCCCAACACCCGCAAAUGGCAGGGACUACGUAAGGAUGAAUAUAAUAAAGAACGGCCAAUUAUCCGGGUUCUUUUUUAUCGGAACUCAAGGAGUAUGGAUCAAAAGAUCAGAAAAUACUUUACUGGAGCUUUCAAAGGGAGACAAAGUAAAUAUGAACGUCAAAACGACAGGAAGUGGGUUUUCCUACAUUGCUGGAAACUAUUAUUACUCUCACUUCUCAGGGUUUUUAAUCAAUUGA